AUGGCCCUGAGAGCAUGUGGCUUGAUCAUCUUCCGAAGACGCCUCAUCCCCAAGGUGGACAACGCUGCAAUUGAGUUUCUACUGCUGCAGGCAUCAGAUGGCAUUCAUCACUGGACUCCUCCCAAAGGCCAUGUGGAACCAGGAGAAAGUGACUUGGAAACAGCCCUUCGGGAGACCCAGGAGGAAGCAGGCAUAGAAGCAGGCCAGCUGACCAUCAUUGAGGGCUUCAGAAGGGAGCUCAGUUACGUGGCCAGGGAGAAGCCUAAAAUCGUCAUCUACUGGCUGGCGGAGGUAAAGGACUGCGAUGUGGAGGUCCGCCUCUCCCACGAGCACCAAGCCUACCGCUGGCUGGGGCUGGAGGAUGCCUGCCAGUUGGCUCAGUUUGAGGAGAUGAAGGCAGCACUCCAAGAAGGACACCAGUUUCUCUGCUCCACAGCGACCUGA